AUGUUGCGCGCUUCACUAGCGAGAUGCAAGACUCCUAGUCUAGGUUUCAAGCGUCACAUGGCUGUUGCUGCAGCUGCAGCCAAGAAAGAAGGCGACAUCUCCGAUGCAUUCACUUCUCUCUCCGGUGCUCAAAGAGAACCUCUUCCUGAUCGCUUUCGCUUGAGAAAACUUGAGCUUGUCAGGGGACGAGAAGAACAGAUUGAGAGAAGCUGGAAGGCGUUGCUGCGUGAACUACGCAGGGAGAAUGAUGUCGUUGCCAACAAAGGACCGAGCGUCAUUCCGCAGAUUAAGUACGACGAUUUUGAACGCAGUGCUGAAGGUCUGAAAGAAGAAAUUCGAAAACGAGGUGUUGUUGUUGUCAAGGGUGUUGUCCCCGAGGAUGAGGCUAGGGCUUGGAAGGGGGAAGUCGAGGACUAUGUUUACAAGAACCCUUUUACAAGAGCAUUUCCUCCUCACGAUCCCCAAGUCUACGAACUGUACUGGUCCGCCCCUCAGCUCAAAGCUCGCUCCCAUCCCAAUUUCCUCCACGUCCAGCAACGUCUCAUGUCCCUCCUCUGGCACUCUUCCAACCCAUCCACUCCCAUAUCCCUCUCUCAGCCACUCAGCUACGCCGACAGGCUUCGCAUCCGCCAACCAGGCGACGCCUCAUUCGCCCUCGGUCCGCACAUCGACGGCGGGAGCGUGGAGCGAUGGGAAGCAGAAGGAUAUGGUCGAGGCGGCGUGUACGAUGCCGUACUAGCUGGCAAAUGGGACGAGUACGAUCCCUGGGAUGCGAGCGGGCGAGUACAUGCUGUGAAUAACCUCUACGAUGGACUGGGUGCGUGCUCCAUGUUUAGGAUGUGGCAGGGUUGGAUGAGCAUGAGCCAUACCAAGCCUGGUGAGGGAACGUUACUGGUUAACCCGCUUGUGAAGCUAUCUAUGGUGUAUGUUCUGCUCCGACCCUUCUUUCGCGCAAAGAACAUGGGCGCGAGAGACUUUUUGGGUGUAGAUAAUUGGGAGUUUAUGGGAGGGGAGAUGGACAGCGAGUUGCAGGGCGCGACGCCGGGGACGGGACAAGAGUUGACGGAUGAACUGCAUCCUCACUUGGAGUUGGAGAAGACCAUGGUCCAUGUCCCUGAGAUACGACCUGGUGACUUUGUGGCGUGGCACUGCGACACAAUCCACGCAGUUGACAAGGUACACGGUGGAAAGGCAGACUCGAGUGUCUUGUAUAUCCCCGUGUGUCCCAUUACGGAACACAAUGCUGAGUACAUGGUCCGGCAAAGGGAGGCGUUUCUACGGGGCACGCCGGGUCCGGAUUUCCCGGGCGGUGCAGGGGAGUCGGGGCAUGUGGAUCGGCCUACAGAGGACGUUUUGGACGGGGCCGGAAGAAGAGCGAUGGGUCUUGAGGGAUUGGAGGUGAAGGGUUUGAGGAGUGAUGGGGAAAGGGAGGUAGUUGACAGUGCCAACAGGGUCUUGGGAUUCUGA